CUAAACGUUAGUGUAUCUGUGGACGUCGGUCGCGCGUGUGCCUGCGAGGUUGUGCCGAGUCGUAUGGAAUCAAUUUGAUCUAAAUUUCGGAUGACUUGUAGACGAAAAUAGUGUAGUGAAAAUGGUAUUGCUAAUUAGGUAGAACAAAACGCAAUAACCAUAUUUUUGAACCAAAUAGGUGUUUAUUUUGUGUUAAGUGUCAGUAUUCAGUGAGUAUUAUGAACUUUGAGGACUAUGAAACGCUGCCGACCCAGAACCCCGUGACACACAUGACGGCCGGGGCCGUGGCGGGCGUGAUGGAGCACUGCAUCAUGUACCCGCUCGACUCCGUGAAGACGCGGAUGCAGUCGCUCCGGACGGCCCACAACAGCUCCAUAACGGAGACCUUCCGACACAUGGUCCGGCGGGAAGGCUUGCUCAGGCCAAUCCGCGGCAUGUCAGCAGUGGUGCUCGGCGCCGGGCCCGCGCACGCGUGCUUCUUCGCCACCUACGAGCACAGCAAGCACACGCUCGCGCACCUAACCAGGCACAGGCACGACCACCUCACACACGGGUUGUCCGGUUGUCUGGCGUCGCUGGUACACGACGCAGUGUCCAAUCCGGCUGAAGUGGUAAAACAACGGCUGCAGAUGCUGAACUCACCCUACAGAAGCGUGUGGGAGUGCGCGCGGCGGAUCUACAAGGCUGAGGGGAUACGGGCAUUCUACCGGUCCUACGGCACGCAAGUCGUCAUGAACGUGCCCUUCCAGUCGCUCCACUUCGUGACGUACGAGUGGUGCCAGUCGCUGGUGAACCCGACGCGCAAGUACGACCCGCGCGCGCACGCGCUGUCCGGCGCCUGCGCGGGCGCGCUGGCCGCCGCCGCCACCACGCCGCUCGACGUGUGCAAGACCGUGCUCAACACGCAGGAGGUGCCGGCGCGCGCGGACGGGCUGGCGCAGGCGGCGGCGCUGGUGCUGCGCGCGACGGGCCCGCUCGGCUUCUUCAAGGGCGCCUCGGCCCGCGUGCUGUACCAGAUGCCCGCCGCCGCCAUCUGCUGGCUCACCUACGAGACCCUCAAGCAUCUGCUCACCACUGAGCCUCGCGACGAGCCCCACGCUGGUGGCGCCCCCGCGACGCCGCUCGUGGGCGCCGCGCUGCGCCUCGCCGCCGCCGACGUCAGCCCCGCGCCGCUCACGCGCACGUAGCCACCCCCACCACCACCCCC